CCAGUGGCGGAGCCAGGAACUUCCCUUUGGUAGGGCACCACCGGCUGCGCCGCUGCGGCACCUUCAUCCCCCUUCAAAAUAUUUUUCGGUCGCAGAAUGAAAUGCGCUGCCACCGUCUUCUGUUACAACAGCAAUAGAAAAAAGAUUUCACUUUUCCAGCUAAAAGAAAUUCUCAAUUUGCUCUCCCUCGAAAAAGCAGGCAAUGGCGACUGCGGCAGCUCCAGCAGCGGUGAACGGAGGAGGCAAGGUGACUUCUCAAGCUUAUUUGGAGAGUAUUGCUGUGAAGGACACGAGGGUGUUAAUCGCUGAUCUCUGCCGCCAGUUCUACAACCUUGGAUGGGUCUCUGGGACAGGUGGAAGCAUCACCAUCAAGGUCCACGAUGAUUCCAUCCCUAAGCCUCAACAGCUUAUCUUAAUGUCCCCUUCUGGUAAAUAUUGUCGUUGCUAUGCUAUUCCCAAAAUUGAGCUCCUUUGUUCAUCUGUUUACAUGUGUUGUCGGAUUACUGCGCGGCACCACCGGGGGACGCUGCAACUGCACUGCUGCGGCACCACCGGCUGCGCCGCUGCGGCACCUUCAUCCCCCUUCAAAGCAUUUUCCGGUCGCCGGUACGGCACGUGCCCCCCCUUGCCGUACCGUCCCUCCGCCCCUGAAUACAACACAGGAAAACAAAAUAAAAGAAACAAAAUAUAAUAUUUACACUCAGCUCGGACGGAGGAAAGAAAACCCACGAGC